UAUAACUUCAUUUAUAAGACAGGUGCAGAAGCGUCUGUACCUUUACCUGGCCUCUGCGGCUCUGUCAGCUCCUCUGAUGCUGCAGCCUUCCUUUGCUGCCUCUGCUCCCGGGACACAAACACUACAAGCUGCACACACACACUGCUGACACAGAGACAGACGGAGAACCGGCUGCCAGGCAGAGAAACCAUUCGCACAGUCGCACGGAGGGAAAAACGCACAGCACCAUGGGCUGCUGUAACAAGGAGUGCGGACUCAUAGCCGGAGCCGUGAUUGGGGCUGUGGUAGCCAUCCUGGGAGGUGUCCUCAUCCCACUGGGGAACAGCAUCAUUGAGGGAACAGUGGAGAAGGAGUCCGUCAUUGAGCCUGGAACGACAGCUUAUGACAACUGGGUGACGACAGGGGCGCAUGUGUACAGGCAGUUCUGGCUCUUUGACGUGAAAAACCCCCAGGAGGUCUUGCAGUACGGUGCAAGACCAGUGGUCCUGGAAAAAGGACCGUACACCUACAGGACGAGGUAUCUGCCCAAAGAAAACAUCACGUUCAACCCCAAUCAAACCGUCUCCUUCCUGCUGCCUUCCUGUGCCGUCUUUGAGCCGUCCAUGUCGGUGGGACCAGAGGAGGACAACAUCACCUCCCUCAACCUGGGUGUGGCUGGAGCUUAUUCACUGCUUCCUGAAAAUAGUCACGUAAUACUGGAGACUCUGAUAAAGUUAAGCAAAUCCUCACUGUUCCAGCACCGUACAGUCAAGGAGCUGCUGUGGGGUUACACAGACCCAAUGCUGAAAAAAACAGUGGGCGUAUUUUAUCCUUACAACGGCACCUUUGAUGGCUACUACACAGUUAACAACGGAAAGGAGGACAUCUCGAAAGUGGGGAUUAUUGACAGGUGGAAGGGAGAGAGGACUUUGCCUUUCUGGAACGAUACCUACUGCAACAUGAUCAAUGGGACAGAUGCAUCCUCCUUCCCUCCAUUUGUGGACAAAAAGAAGCCCCUCUAUUUCUUCUCAUCAGACAUCUGCAGGUCCGUGUCAGCCAGCUAUGAGAAGAGCAUGGAUCUGAAAGGGAUUGAGGUGUACCGUUACACCCUCCAGCCGUCCACCCUGGCCUCCCCUACGGUCAACCCAGACAACAGGUGCUUCUGCAGGGACCCAAAGACCACCAAGAACUGCACCUUGGCGGGAGUCCUGGAUAUCAGCGCCUGUAAAGAAGAUAUAACUAUCUUAAUCUCUCUGCCGCACUUCCUUCAUGGCAGUCCAUCCCUGCGAGAGGCCGUACUUGGGCUGAAUCCCAGCGAGGAGCACCAUAAAACCUUCAUAGACGUGGAACCUACAACCGGGUUUUCCCUGAGGUUCGCUAAAAGAAUUCAAGUGAAUAUGAUGUACGGACCAUCGAAGGUCAUCACGGUGCUUAAGAAAGUCAAGGAUUAUACUGUUUUCCCAAUCGUUUGGAUGAACGAGACGGCUGCGCUGGAUGACGAAACGGCAGACAUGUUUAAGAAGGAGCUCAUCUCCCGUAUCCAGAUGUUGGAGAUAAUACAGCAGGUGCUGCUGGGCACGGGUUUGGCCGUCUUCGCCCUGUGUCUCAUCUCCUACUGUGUGGUGAGGAGAAGUCGACUCAAGCGUACGUUCUAAUGAAUCAGGCUGGAGUUGUGUGCAAGUUGUGGAGCACAGUGAAUUUACGCUGCUAUGGCACAUCAAACCUUUUUGAUAUAGACUUGCACUUUUUUGUAAUUUUACUGUAAUGUUUUUUUGCUUUGAUACCAGGAGGGGGAAUACUGUGAUUUUGUAAAGCUUACGAGCUGAAUUCUUUUACCAAGUAUAAUUUCAAGUGCAAACACUGUAACAUUAACUCAAUCAGGGAUUUCUGGAGGCAGAGCAGGUGGAGACUCAUUUUAAACAUCAGACUUAUCAUCCGCACAGAGGAGAAAUGUGUUCUGAAGUCUAUAAUAAAGAAAUGCACAUUAAUCUGAUCAAAUGUUCUAAUGCUUCGAUGAACUACAGUCUUAAAAAUGAAUAAAAGCUAAGUGAGUUUUUCAUUGGCUAUCCUGUUCC